AUGCAGGCAACGAGAGCGCUCUUCCAGCACUCCCUGAGACUGACACUUUUCACUCAUGACCACUGCUCGCUGUGCCACUCCGUGAAGAGCGUGAUGUCUCGAGUAUGGGACCGUAGGCAGUUUGAUUACCGCGAAAUCGACAUUUUGGCCCCGGAGAACGGGCGGUGGAAGAAAGUCUACGAGAUGGAUAUUCCUGUCGUCCACAUUGAUCGUACCGCCACUCUCCGAACACAACAUGACGAGACGACUGCCUCGGCGCGUAAGCUCAAGCAUCGUUUUACUGAAGAGCAGCUCGAAAAGGUCAUGGACGAAGUUGAGCAGUUGUGA